CAUCAGAGGAAGUAAGACAAAGUAUUGAGGGUACCUUGAACGUCAAAAAUUUUGCCCUCCACACCGGUUACUCUACACGUAGUUGCUGGGCGUGACACACAGAGGGUCACGCUCCUUGCAAACAAAUGGAAUCUUGUCCCCACCGUCCCUACCCCGUCAGUGGAAGCUUGUGUUCAGCUAGUACCCAGUUUUCUCACUUUUCAAGGAGAGGCCACAGUCAUUCGUUGUUAUUGUCAAUCCCGGUGAGAAUCUCAGUUUCAGGGCUUUCGUUCACCUUCGUGAUAACUAUUUGGUAGUCAGAUCGGAUUUUCUUCUUGCCUUCUAAUAAGAAUGCCAGUUCAAAACGACAUGCCACCGCCAGCGGGUUACGGACUGGGGAACGCCAUCUGUGCGGUUUGUCAAGAGAGUUUUGGGGUUGACGAGCGAAUGGUAAAUUCCAAUGGUCAAAUUCUACACGAGCGCUGUUUUGUUUGUGUGCAAUGCUUCCAGCCAUUUCCUGAUGGCUUGUUUUAUGAGUAUGAUGAGCGAAGAUAUUGUGAAGAAGACUUCCAGACUUUGUUUGCUCCUUGUUGCAAACAGUGUGGUAAAUUUGUGGUUGGGCGUGUUAUUAAGGCUAUGCAAGCUAACUGGCAUCCUGAUUGCUUCCGUUGUGAAAUCUGUAAUGAUGGACUGGCAGACUCUGGGUUUGUCAAAAACGCAGGCAGGGCACUGUGCAAGAAAUGCAAUGCAGAUGAAAAGACUAAAAAAACGGGACGAUAUGUGUGCCGCAAGUGUCAUACUUACAUUCCUGAAGGACAGCAUUUGAUGUACAUGGGUGAGCCUGUGCAUCCUUGGCAUUACAACUGCUUCUCAUGCAACAAAGAGCUGGACCAUCUAUGUCGCAAGCGAGACACAGAGUUGUACUGUUUGAGAUGCCAUGACAAAAUGGGGACACCAAUCUGUGGUGCUUGUAGGCGGCCUGUUGAGGAGCGUGUGGUACAUGCCCUUGGAAAAGCAUGGCAUGUUGAGCAUUUUGUGUGUGCUAAGUGUGAGAAGCCUUUCUAUGGACAUCGUUACUAUGAAAGGAAGGGACUGGCCUACUGUGAAACUCACUACAAUGAGCUGUUUGGUGAUGUAUGCUUUGAAUGCAACAAAGCUAUUGUUGGAGAUGUGGUAAAUGCCCUUCACAAGUGCUGGUGUGUUCAGCAUUUCACUUGCAUUGGAUGCAACAUCUCUUUAAAUCUAAAGAGCAAAUUUCAUGAAUUUGACAUGCAGCCACUGUGCAAGAAGUGCUAUGAAAAGAUGCCUCUUGAGCUCAAGAAGAGAUUGAAAAAAGCAGAGCAGACAGCUAGCAGAAAGUAGCAGCCUGAAAACUGAGCACUUUUAUAUCUAUCCUCCAAUAUAUUACUUUAUACUUGUCAAGAUAGUGCUAAGGAAGCUCACACCUGCUGACCACUUUCUCACACCCAGCAAAAUGAUUUGAGCUACUACAACCUUAACUCUUUAACUUCUGCCAGUGACCAAUACAGAGUUUCUCCUUACAAUAUCAACACAAUGUGAAGCAGAAAAAUGACAAGAAUAAAGAAAAGCAACAUUCAGGGGAUUAUUUGUUGAUCCAAUGUCAAGUUAUCCAAAAUAACCUAAGAGUUGUGUGAAAGAUAGCGAGGCAAACCUUUAAUGAAAUCUAAGGAGAGAAAGGGUUCACUGACUCUUGAGCAAAAAAAAUAAAAAACAUACAAAACAAAAGGAUCUCAAUUGAGUAAACACACUUUUUAUGAAAGAGACAGCAUUGAGGAUGUUGUUCAAGCUAUUUAAAAUACCUUAGCUGUGUUCAGAAAUGAUGGGUUGUCCUGAGAAAAAAAAUAAAACAAUCCGAAGCAAAAUGAAAAGAACGAAGGUGUAAUCACAAAAUAUACAAACUACUAAUUUUUGUGCAAGGGAUGGAAUUGAGGUGAAUGUUGGGUUAACUCUUAUGGAUACUUUAGUCUCACUCAGAACUUAAUAAAUGUAUGGUCAUCUUUUACAGUGACUGGGUCCUCUUCUAAGAAUACCAACCUCCUCAAAAUCAUACACCUUUGACAGAGUGGGCAGAUUUUCUUCCUGUCUUUUCAAAGUUGCUUUCUUGUGUGGUGCACUUGUUUUUUUAGGAUAGUCAUAUAGUCAGACAUUAACACAAGGGUGAAGUUGCACAUCACUCAUUACUGGUUAACCCACUUGCAUGGCAAUCCGAGUGAAACAUUGAGAAAGAAUUGCAACUAAAGCAAGAAAUUUGUCCAUCUUCAAUAGUUAGGUAGACAUUGGUUUAACUGGGCUUUACUAGACGUGAUCAUAUGA